AUGCCGUCGAUCCUGGGCCCACUCCCGCUGACCGCCGUCGUAGCAGCCGGUCUGCACAAUGGUAUUGGGGUGUCUGGUACGCUGCCAUGGCGUCUCCCGAAAGAUAUGGCCUACUUUCGCACGAUUACAUCGUAUGUCAUCGACACGCAGCACGACGAUGAGCGUAUGCGCGACGCUGGCAUUGCGAAGCGCUCGCCUAGCCCCCCUCUGAAAAACGCUGUGAUUAUGGGACGCACGACGUGGGAAAGCAUUCCGCCGCGUUUCCGGCCCUUGCAAGACCGUAUCAAUGUGAUUGUCAGCACGACAAUGCAGCCGAGCGAUGUGGGGCUCGCGAUGCCGGAUCCUGAUACGAUGGUCGCUCGCUCGUUUGAGGAGGCCGUCACCCUUCUCCAGGCACGUAGAUACGCGCGGUACGACAUGGAUACCGCGGCCCCUGCGGCGGGGGCCGCGCUAGGUCGCGCGUUUGUGAUUGGCGGUGCCACACUGUACCAAUACGCGUUAGCACCGCCCACGCCGUCCACGGAAUGGAUCCUCGAUCACAUGCUCAUGACCCGCAUUUACGGCCCAGCAGAUAUUGAUAAGGAGUGCGAUGUAUUCCUGCCGGAAUUCCGAUCGCCCGCGCAAGUCGCGUGGGAAGCGUCGUGGGCCCCGACGUACGCAGAGCGUGCGGCGGCAGAGCUGGUAUGCCCGCCAGCGCUCAGCGAGGCCGAUGCAUGGCAGCAUGUGCCGCCAGCAGAGCAUGCUGCGUGGCUCCCUGCUGCGCAUGCCUCAGUCCUCGGCGCGAUCGUGCCGGACCGAGAUAGUUUUGUUCAUAUGCAGCUAUGGCGUCGCGUCGCGUCGUAA